UACCUGAUAACUACGUUCGCAAACCAAUGUCCUAGAUCCACCGAACAAUGAUCCCUGCACAACUUCGUUUGGAUGAGUAUUUCAAAUGAUUGCCUAGGCCUUGCAUUUGUGUUUAUCCUCUUUGUUUAACAACCGUAGUGGCGUCUGCACCUAUCACACCUGCUUACCACGUCUUUAUCUCUUUGUUACAAUGAAACACAGUGGGCAUCCGCAUGGUCUUAUCCAGUUCAUUUUUGACCUACGUAGCCCCUGAGCCGUGACUGGCAUGUUCAUAUAUACCUCUUCCAGCCUGCGUAGAUUCUUUGGGGUGCCAAUUAUCAGCAUCUUCGAGAUGGACAAUCAGGAGAAACCACGGCCUCGGUGCCUACUUCCUGCCCCACUCAAUGGUCUCUAUCAGGGGCGUACUGAACAUACCAACUACCAUAAGGAGCGCAAGCGUCGAAUUAUAGCAUGUACUAGAUGCAAACAAAGAAAACAGAAGUGUAUCGGCAGAAAUCCUUGUCAAGGCUGUGAAGAGACACAAUCCAUGUGCACUUUUGACUUUUCCCAGGAUAAGCGCAUGAGAAGUUAUCGGGAGCUGCUUGAACAUAGGUCACGAACGAUGGAGAGUUUGCUUCUCGAAAUGAUAUGCGCUUUACGGUCUGGAAACGACUGCGAUAUUAUGAAGCUGAAGGAUAGCGUUCUUAGGGAUCCUUCGCCUGAAGCUUCGUUGGCUAGAAUGAUAAAAGAACGUUCGGGAAAAUCAGAUGAUGUUCAAUAUUGAAGGCCAACUUGGGUCGCGGGGCUCAAAUACUAAGCUUUCAAGG